AGACAAUAGUCUGAGUCUAAAAUCCGCUAAUCUAUUAGUUCACUACCGAGGGCUGAAGCUGAACUUAGUUAGCAUUUGUAUUUUGACACUUAAACAUGUACCCUUAUGAAUGUAGACGUUUUGUAUCGUAUAAUCAGCCUCUAAGCGACCGACCUUAACGAUAUAGUGCUCUAGACAAAGUGCUUAAUGCAAGUGUAUUAUGUACACCAAUACUGUGCGUGUCUUAUGAUAGGGAGCACGAAACACGUGAAUCGGAUCAUAUGCAAAUAGCGAACCAAUUUGACAGAUUUGGUGAAAACACACAAUAUGAAGCUCAGGAACGAGACAUCGAUAGUGAGAAUGCACAAAACUCAAGGCAUGCGGGCAACAGAAGCAACUAAGAUGAAAUACAGACUUAUAUACAUAUGUCGGCUGUUACCAAGAUCAACUUUCUGACGAGUCAAAUACGAUUGCUCAUGCCAGGUGCUCGUCGAUAUGACGGAUCGACCAUGAUGUUCGCACACAACUGGUACUCAUCGUCACCCAGAGGAUAUGUAACAGCCCGAAAAAAUAUUCACCUGUCACUUCCGUCGCCAAAGCUUUUCGUGGAAACAAGUCUACCCGUUGACUCGAUUAUAUCUCUCGAUCUCACUAAUAUACACACUCCGCUACUGAAACGUAUCCUGGACACUAGCAUGGUCAACAAUCACAUGAGUUCUAGACUGAUAGACUCGGUAGGAAAAAUAAAGUAAUAGAACUGA